UAGUUUUGGUUCCUGUGCCCCCACAACGUGCCCCCCUCUCUCUCUGUCUCGCUGUCCCGUGGCUUUCAAUGUAUCGAUUUCAUGUAUUACAGACGCCCACUCCCUCCGUCGCUACAUGUUCUCUGUAAAUUGUAUAUUUUCAUAUUUCAAUUUAUAUAAUAUUUUGCGGUACUAAUGCUUAUUGCGUACUAUCUGACACCAUCGCCAUUUAGUGUCUUCCCAUGCCCCAAAAAAAAUCAACUUUGAAAGCAUUUAGAUAUCACCAUAGGUAUACUUUGUAUUGAAUCUUAGCUAUUGGCAAUUAGACGUCAGACAUGGACGUAGUAUUAAUUAAUCAUUAUCACUCUCUUACACAGCACAGUGAAACCAGUGGGCGUUACUAUACAAACUGCAAACUCCUCGUCUUUUACUUCCUGCCUCAUUGACGUCUUUUUUAGCUGUAUUUGCUGUAAAUGCAGCUUGGUUUAACCAUAUUUUUAGAUGGGAAAGAAGGGAGGUGCCUCAUGGUUGACCGCUGUGAAAAGAGCUUUCAGAUCUCCUACUAAAGAGAGUGACAGGAGGAGCAAUAGGCAAAUAAGGGAGGAAAAUGACCCAGAAGAAGAUAAAGAGAAGAAGAGGGAGAAGAGAAGAUGGAUUUUUAGGAAAACUGCCAAUCAAGAAACGGUGACACAGCAAACCCCAACAAAGGAGACAACUGCUGUAGACGGAAUCAGUAGUAGUAGUGGUGCUGGACUGGUUGACCAAGCGACGGCUGCGGUAGAGGAAAAAAGGCACGCCAUGGCUGUGGAUGUGGCCGCUGCAGCUGCCGCUGAGGCUGCCAGGGCUUCUGCUCAGGCGGCGGCUGAGGUGGCUCGACUCAUUAGGCCCCCAACUUUUAGUGCCAAAGAAAUAUAUGCUGCCAUUGUCAUUCAAACUGCCUUCAGAGGUUACUUGGCAAGGAGAGCUCUCCGUGCACUAAGGGGGCUGGUAAAGCUGCAAGCUCUAGUGAGGGGUCAUAAUGUGAGAAAGCAAGCGAAGAUGACUCUACGGUGCAUGCAAGCUUUGGUUCGAGUCCAAGCUAGGGUGCUUGAUCAACGCGUUAGGCUUUCUCAAGAAACUAACAGAAAAUCCACGUUCAGUGACGCCAAUAGCGUCUGGGAAUCGCGAUAUCUUCAAGACAUCUCUGAUAGAAAAUCAAUGUCUAGAGAGGAAAGUAGCAUUGCAGAUGAUUGGGAUGAAAGGCCACACACAAUCGAGGAAGUUAAAGCCAUGCUGCAACAAAGAAAAGAAGCAACAAUGAAACGUGAAAAGACAUUAACUAAGACCUUCUCUCAACAGAUGUGGAGAAAUGGCAGAAGCUCCUCAAUUGGUGAUGAAGUUGAGCUAGAAGAUAGACCGAAAUGGCUUGAUAAAUGGAUGGCUACGAAGCCAUGGGAGAGCAAAGCAAGAGCUUCAACGGAUCAGAGAGACCCCAUCAAAACUGUAGAAAUUGACACCUCCCAACCUUAUUCAUAUUUAGCAUCAAAUUAUAGAAGAGCAAACCAAAAUCAGUAUCACCAGCAAUACCAUCAAAGGCCUGCUUCUCCACACCAUAGAGCCCACCAUAAUACAUCCCUUAAUCACUCCCCUGUCACACCCUCUCCAUCAAAAACCAGGCCUGUGCAGGUCCGGUCUGCCAGCCCUCGCUGUGGCAGAGAAGAUAGAACUUUUAAUACAUCUCAAACACCGAGCUUAAGGUCUAAUUACUACUAUACUGGCAAUGUGCAUCAACAUGCCAGAGGUGGUUCGAGUAGUGCUACAUUGCCUAAUUACAUGGCAGCAACUGAGUCUGCUAAGGCUAGAGCUCGUUCUCAAAGUGCACCAAGGCAAAGACCAUCAACGCCAGAGAGAGACCGAGUUGGAUCAGCAAAGAAACGUCUUUCAUAUCCAGUGCCAGAACCAUUGGGCGUAGGAAUGGGAUAUGGAGUUUAUAGACAAAACUUGAGGAGUCCAAGCUUUAAAAGUGUUAGUGGGUCACAGUUUGGGUUGGAGCAACAAUCUAAUUAUUCUUCAUGUUAUACCGAGAGCCUUGGUGGUGAAAUUUCUCCUUCUACUAGUGACCUCAGGAGGUGGCUGAGGUGAAUAUGGUUUAGGUGAUUACGGCUAAGUGUGAACAACAAUAACUUGGUUAGAUUUUAAUGCUUGAAUCCGAGGUUGUGAUUUAGAGGCAGUUGGGAUUUUAUGUAGAGGAUAUUUUGAUUUCUGCUAGUUUUCUUUCAUUGAAUUUGAAGCUCCCCAAGUAUCAUGUCCCAAGAGUAUUCUUUCAAGUGUUUAGCAAGUAACUUUGUAACUUUUUUUAAUCUCUUUGUUUUAAUUAUGUAAUGCUGAUUACCCUUUAGCCUGUAUGUACAGAUCCAACUUUGCUUCAAGAAAUCGAAUGAAAUAAUGUUUUGGUUGGGUGUCA